AUGAAAUAAACAAAAAAGAGAGUUAGCUAUAUAAAAAAUUAAAAACCUACAAACAUAGAAUGGAUCCUCAAUCUAUUAGAUCAAAUACCUAAAUAUUAGCUAUAGUAAUCAAAUAUGAAGAAAAUUUAAACAACUUAAUUAAGCAAACUUCAAGAUUGUGAUCAAUUACUAAAAUCAAGUUUAUACACUUUCGAUACAAAAAUCAAUAAAUUCACUUAGAUGUAAUUUACACUAUAUCCAAAUAUGUUAAUUGGAGAUAAUUAGGAAUACUUAGUAUUGUCAUCUUGCAUAAUGAAUAAGAAAAUAAUCUAAUAUAAAGAAUUUACAGCAUAAGGAGUGUAAUUACUAAAUAGUCAAGGCAAUUUAUUCUUAUUUUAUGAGUCAUAUGUCUAGUAAUUGAAUGUAUAACUUAGUCAUUAAUUAAUUUCUAGUGGGAGAAGUAAUUAAAGAGAUUUUGCAAACUAUAAAAUUUUUCCAAUAAAUACACAAUUCAAGAGAAACUUUCGAUAUAAAAUCAUUAUGCUUGUGUGAAAAAUAAAAAUAGUAAUUUAUUUAUAUGAAAUAAAGAUCGUGUUUAUACAGUUUAACUUAUAAGAUUGUCAAGUUUGAGUGAAUAACUUUAUGAAGCUUUGAUGAAUGAGAUAAAUAUUUUAAUGUGUUUCAAACAAAAUGGAUUGAAUUAAUUCCAUUCUUUAUUUGAAGAUGGUGAUAUUCUCUAUAUAUUAUAUGAUUAUUGGGUAGGUGAUACAUUAUAUAAAUUGAUUUAACAAGGUUUUAAAUUAACAGCUUCAUAGAUAGCAUAAAUCAUUUUCUAGAUUAUCAAAGUGAUUCGUUUUUUACAUUAGAAUAAUCUUUAUCAUGGGGCCAUACUUCCAACAAAUAUAAUUUUACAUAGAGUAACAACUCCAUAGAAUCAAUAAGGAUAAUAAUUAAAAAUUACAUUAUUCAAUUUCGCUUAUAGAGAUGCAAAUCAAUAUAAUUUAACUUGGUUAAAUAAGAGAGUUCCAAAAUAAUGGAUACCACCUGAAUUCAAUAAUUUAUAAAUUAAAUCAGAUUUUUCAAAUAUUGAUGGAUAUCAAAUUGGAGUCUUAUUGUACUAUUUGACCUUCCAUACAAAUAAAAAUAAAUCAUAAUUAUCAUUUUAUAAAUCAUUAGAUAAUUUUAAAUUUGAUUAUCAAUGGUUGAAAUCAAUAAAAUAAGAAUAAUAAUAAGAAUAUUCUUUUUCUCUAAUUGAAUUAUUAUGUGGAUUAUUAGACCCAGAUUAUUAGAAUAGAAUUACUUUAAAUAAUGCAUUAGCUCAUUAGUGGUUAACAAAUUAGAGAUAGAAAUAAAAUGUAUAAAAUGAGAAACCAAAAAUAUUACCAUCUUUAAGAACAAUAUUGGAAUUAAGAGAACAAAGUUCUUGUGAAAUGCUUUCAUCCAGACUUGGUAAGGAAGAAUAACAUGUAACAAGUUCAAGUGAAGAUGAUAUUGAAUUUUGUGAUGAUGAAUACAUACAUAGAAUUUCAAAAGAAAAUAAUAAAAUACCAUAUUAUUAAAAUAUACUAAGUUUGAUUCCUAAUAAACAUCCAUCUAGAAGUAAAUAAGUUAUAGAUUAAUGUUAAGAGAGUUAAUUUUGA